CUCCUGCCCCUGUUCUUUUGUUCAGAUGCGAUGGAUCAGCUAGAGCAGCGGGUUAAUGAGUUCUUUACUAACGCCAAGAAGAACAAGCCUGAAUGGAGGGAGGAACAGAUGGAAGUUAUUAAAAAGGAUUACUAUAAAGCUUUGGAAGAUGCAGAUGAAAAGGUCCAAUUAGCCAAUCAAAUUUAUGAUCUGGUGGAUAGACACUUGCGGAAGUUGGAUCAGGAGUUGGCGAAGUUCAAAAUGGAGUUGGAGGCAGAUAACGCUGGCAUCACAGAAAUCCUGGAGAGACGUUCACUGGAGAUGGACAGCCCCUCCACACCUGUCAAUAACCACCAUGUACAUUCACACGCCACUGUGGAGAAGAGGAAGUACAGCACGCCAGCCCACCACACUACUGAACACGUACCAGAAAAGAAGUUUAAGUCAGAGGCCCUUCUCUCCACACUCACGUCAGACGCCUCUAAAGAAAACACACCGG